CCACGCGCACACGCGUACACUUGUAUCCUAGCAACCGCAGACGCUAAACUGUCCUGAAAACUUGGACAAACCUUGCGAGCAAUUAAAGCGUGAAUUGUAAUGGAUGUAUCAGCGGAAGCAAAGUCAAGACCUCUUUGCACUUUGUCUGUAUUCAGCUUCAUACCAGCAAGACGAACAGAACCUAAAGAAAUGCGAUAUUUCAACACCAUCUCUAAGACUACAGACAUAUCUACGCAUGACCACGAGUGUCCAAACACAGAAGGCUACGAUAACAAACUCCACAGAGAUGACCGAAAACACGCUAAAGGCCGCAACCUGGACAUCUUUAGCGAGGAAUCAAGCAGACCAGUGCCUGUUCUGUCUUCGUCUGUGUAUGGACGGUUUUCAUCACCACACCAUGACCCAGGGAAGAGAUCUCCUCGUGUCAAUCACAUUCGUUCUGACUUUUAUAGCAAAAAUGGAAUCACAAUGGAGGGAGGCUAUGGGUCUGUGAAACCUUGAGACAAUAAGCAAUAAAAAUAUCCAUGUACAGUACAAAUAGAACAGUAUGAAUUAUUACAUACCCUAAUAUUAAAGGCGGGGUGCAUGAUUUUUGAAAAACACUUUGAGUACCAAAACACACUUGUAGCCAAUCAGCAGUAAGGGGCGUGACUACUAAUCAUCAUCGUUGCAUAGGUUGCAUAUGUGUGGGGCGAGUCUAUCAAAAAAAGUCCAGAUUCUAUUGGGGUAGGGGUUUGUUUGUUUUGGUGAUUUCAAAUGUCAACAUUGGCUUUCAGAGAUCAUGCACCCCACCUU